CCGCCGCGGCCUCGCGAAACUUCCACAGCUACUGUGAAGUUUCCAGCUUCCGAUCAUUUUGAAUGUGGGGGAAUUUUGGGUUUUGAUUAAAAUGGCGGAAGAUUUCUCUUCAGAGCGUGCUCUAUUCGGGGGCGCUAUAGUUAGCACAUUCCCUCUUAGGUUCCAGGACGUGAGCAACAUCCGACAAGUCCCCGAUCAUCAGGAAGUGUUCGUGGAUCCAUCUCGGGAUGAAAGCUUGAUAUUUGAGCUUCUAGAUUUUAAGCACGAUGUUGAAGACAAUGGAAGUGCUGUUUGGUUCCUUCAAGACCUUGCCACUGAGCAGGAUGCAGAAGGAAGCGUGGUGAUUGAGCAAUCGGGAGUGAUCGAGGCACCUGGACUGUGUUAUGCAAAUAUACCUUCUGUAGUUACAACUGCCGUUGGCCAAAUGGCAAUUUCAAAGGGUCGGCAAGGAAGAGAAGCUCAAAAUAUUGUCAGGGUUUAUUUGGCGAAUCUACGUCUUAAAGCGGUUGGAACAGAUGUUCUAAUCUGUGCAUAUGAACCCAUUCUAAUAAAUCCUUUGAGCGAAAGUGCUAGCUCAGUUGGCUCUGGUUUGGCCACUCCUGCAUCACAAUCUGGGUGCAUCCCAAUGCCUGAGGUAUUCAAACUUGCAUUAUCCAGCUUUAAAGUAUGUGACUGGAGCGUUUUCGGUGCAAACGGUUGAAAGACGAGAUAAGUCUUGGCCUUCAUUAGUCUGAUUUCAUUUGGAUGUUAAAAGUAGCCAAGUAAGGUGAGUGAUUAUAAGUAAUGUUCCUGCUGCUCUCUUCAGUUUGAAAUUGUUUGUAGAGUUUUUAGGGGUUUUGAUUUUUUCUGUAUGGGAAGUAGUUGAAGAUAUGUGAAUAGUAGAGAAGUGAGUAGGCAAGCCCGUGCGUGAUGCGGCAACCCCCUUUAAGGUGGACAUAAUAGAAGAAGCAUUAGCUGUUGACAUAAGGACCCCAUAUUUUGCACCAGUCAAUCACGUGGCAAACAAAAGGUUUGAACAUUACACACCACGACUGACUGACUGGCCAUAUUAUGUGUUUUCACACAUGCAGCGGUGACCUUUUCUGGGGGAAAAUUAAAUUAUUGGUGGGCGUUUUACAUCAAA